AUGCGUGCACCGGCGAUACUUGCGCAAUGCUUGCCUGGCCUAGUGCCUCAUGAUCGUGGAAGUCUCAGUACAACAUCCUCCAUUUUUGAGAAAGAUAUUCAUCUUGCAUCACCAGCAGUGGAGAUUCUUCCUUCCAAGGCAUUUCACACUGACAAGGAAGGCGGCGAAAAUAUCGACCAUUUUAAGGGAAUAGUAAGUGUUGCUGAUAUCAUAGGGUUCGGUGGUUCAGAGAUAAUAUCCUCAAAACAGGAUGGCUAUCUAAAAUCCUGGGCCAGUUCCAUUGAUCUUGUCAGUGUUCUUAAGAAUGAGAUUCGCGAUGGGCAACUGUCCUUCAGAGGAAAAAGAGUACUUGAGCUCAAUUGUAGCUAUGCACUUCCUGGAAUCUUUGCUUGCUUGAAGGGAGCUUCUAUGGUGCAUUUUCAAGAUCAGAAUGCAGAGACUAUAAGAUGCGCAACUAUACCAAAUGUCCUUGGUAAUCUGAAGCAAGCUCGUGAUAGGCAGAGUCGACAGCCAGAAACUCCCCUUACUCCUUCAAGACAGACUCUGGCGCCAUCAGUUAACUUUUAUGCUGGAGACUGGGAUGAAUUACCUGUUGUAUUGUCUACUGUGAAAAAUGAUGGAUAUGAAGUGACACCUGGAAUGAGUUUGAGCUUCUCUGAGGAAGAUUUUAUGGACGGAUGUAGUAGCCAAGAAGGCAGCGUCAUUGGACAUGAAUCUAGUUCAAGAAGGUCUAGGAAACUCUCGGGAAGUCGAGCAUGGGAAAGAGCUAAUGAGGCAGACCAGAGCGAUGGUGGCUAUGAUAUUAUUUUAAUGACAGAGAUUCCGUACUCCGUUACCUCUUUGAAGAAGCUGUAUGCUCUCAUUAAGAAGUGUAUAAGGCCUCAAUAUGGAGUCGUAUAUCUAGCUCCGACUAAGAAACACUAUGUUGGCUUUAGUAAUGGAGUGAAACAGCUGAGAAAUAUGGUGGAUGAAGAGGGCAUUUUUGGAGUUCAUUUAGUUAAGGAUUUGGCUGACAGAGAUAUCUGGAAGUUUUUUCACAAGUGA